AUGACGCGGAACUCAGCCAUGUAUGAAACGCCUUACGAAAGUGUGGUGCCGGAGCAGUGCCAAAUAACCUGGAUUAUUAGGGAUUUCUCCUCAUUUCGGCAUGCCUCGAGAAAUGCCCCAAUACCGCCGUUGAAGUCCCCAGAUAUUUCUUCGAAGGGCCUGAGAGCACUGCUUCAUCCGUACUGGAAGAAAGGAGAUAUCGUGGCGGAAGUAGUAUUGCCGGAAUGCUGCAGCAUUGCGACGACAUAUUGCUUCAAAUUUUCGGUGAUUUCACCUUUGGACGCGAAAUUGAUCAUUUCCCGGGAAGUGUCUAGCACAGUUAAGAGAGGAAAGACCCCACCCCGAACGGUGGUGCGACUAUGGCAUAAGUCCAUAAGCCGAAGGACAAGUUACCAGAAAUUACUGACUAAUAAUCAACUAACGCUUGUAAUUCAAGCUGAGGUCUAUGAUCAUUCGGCAACUCCUUUUGUUGGCAUUCCGGCGACGGAGAUAGGAAGCGAAGACGGCGAUGCCUGUCUGCUUCAGGAUAUUCGGGAGUUUUGCGAAUCAACACCUGCCCAGACAAUCCAAGUAGUAUGUGGACCCACAAUUUACACUGGAUGUCGAUUUUUACUGCAGGCACGAUCACAGAAAAUGCGGAUAUUAUUGGCUGAUAGGGAAAAAAACUGGCAGCGACUGGUGAUAGGAGAUUUGGAGCCAGCCAUAGUCGGUCAAAUCAUGAACUUUGUUCAUACCAAUUCCUGUGAGUAUUUGGCCGAAGAGUCUACCGACGAUGGAGAUCUGCUACGGUUGCUGUUGGCUUGCAAUAAUUACCACAUCCCAUCGCUUGCCGAGAAGAUUUGUCAAAAAUUGAUGUGCCGAUUGCAAAUGCAUAAUGUCCUGCGAUAUUGGGAAGUGGCCAAAUCCUGCGACUUGUGUGCCGCGCUGACGCAAGCAUGUUGCCGAUAUCUGGAUGGGCUUCCAGGAAGUCGUGUAGCGGACAUGAUGAAAAAGCACGUUAGUGAUGUUUCGGUGCCGUAA